CACGCCGCUUCUCCCCGCCCCCUCGUACCGGCAACCGCGCUCAGGUUACGGCGUGCAAGCGGACACCGCGGCAGCGCCCUGCCCGCCGCACACCUGGCACCCGAGCGGGCCCCGUAACACCACCCACACGGCUGCAUGGAACAGCGCUCGCUCGUGUUCCAUCCAGCAGGAGGGUAACCGCGGCCGCUCCCGCCCCGCCGCAGCGCAGCGGAGCGUCGUGCUAGGGGGAGAUGCAGUGAAAGCACAGCGGCACGACUUCACUUCCCGCAGGAAACGGGGCCGUGAGGUUUUUUUUUUCCUGCUUACAGUGAGUGCGGAGACGUUGCUUCAACUUACUGUGUGAAGGUGACAAGACUGUACGUUACUUGGAGAUCACACUCAUUGCAUUUUAUCUGAUAAAAUGCGAGUGAGCAAGUGAGAAAACUUUGGUGAUUUUUCUCUGGUGCAGAAGGUGAAGAAACACUUUAUAGUGGUGAGGUAAAGUGUGAGAAAUUCUAUUUUCUCCCCCCCCCCCCCCCCCCCCCCCCCCGUAACUGAGGUUGCAUGCUAAUACCACUGUUGGCUCUGUUUACCACACUGUCUGUAAUACUACAGAGGGACAGUUACCUGGCACUAAACUCAGUUCUCCUUUUCCCCCGAUGCUUUUGUCAUUUGUUUUGCUUUCUAUUUCCUCCAGUAGUUAAUCCAGACUUACACUAGCAUAAAUAGGAAAAGAAAACAUCCAUGUCAGGGGGAUGGUUCUAAGAAACCUACAGCAGGUACAAGACACAAAUACAUUUGAGAAUAAGAUCUACUUAAGUAUAUAAAAUCAUUACUCCUACAUAACAGAUUUUGAUCCACACCAUAAGAGCUCUGUCCAACACUAGAGAAGCAAUGGCAUUCAUGUUCUAUGUAAACUGGAUAUGGAGACUAUGAAAAAGUACAAACUGUCAGACUGGAUGAAAACCCAAAUGAGUAGUUCGUUUUCAGAUGAAUUAGGCUGUACUACAGAUGCAACCAAUGAGGAACAAGACAACUUACCUUAUUACAGAGAUGUAGGAAUAACCUGUAAAUACAGUAAUAAUUCAGAUAAUUUGAAUGACUGUACAAAAGGUAUUUCUGGUAUUUUAAACUUAUCCUGUUCUGAAGAUAACAAAACCACAAAAGCAACAGCAAAUUAUGAAACUCAUCCACAGCCUGAAGAAUUCUCCAGUCACCACAGAGGUGCUAUAGGAACAACAGGAAUUUCAGUUGAAAUAAAGGAAGCUUCACUUCCAGACAAGGAAUUACCUGUUGGUGAGUUUAGCAAACCAGAUAGCAAAGAACAUCUAACUCACUCAAAAAUGUCCACUGUCCUUUUGCGUCAUUUUUCUAAGGGAGAGCUAAUAAGCAGAUGCCAGUUAAUUGAAUGCGAGACAAUACCAGAGACCUCGUUUACUGAAAGCAUUGAUGAUACUCUGAACAAACCUGAGCCUUCAGAACAUGUCAAAGGUCCUUUAGCAUAUGAACAAUGGGCAACUAACUUUGAAGACUAUCACUUAGAAAAGCACCAGGAAAUAAGCACUGGUGCUAAAAACCACAAUUCACUAAAUGAAAAUAGAUGUGUUUCAGAGAAACCUACUUCUUCUACUGCUAAGUUUGAGUGCAGACAAGAAAAUUCACAAUUGAUUAAUGAGAAUGAAGAUACAUGCAUCUUUCAAAAUAUGAAAGAAGAGAGCACCCUUUUUAAGAAAACAGUUUCACCUCACGAGCUCAGACAUGGCCAAGGUCACCAUUGCCUUCCUGACUUUUCCAGAGUUGCUUCAGAAGUUCAAGUACCAAAAAGAAGCAACAAUAUUAACUCAGUUCCUACAGCUGAAAGAACAAAGUCCUUCCCAGUUUUAAGUAAAUCAGUAAUUGUGAACAACGUUCUAGAAAAUAAGAACUAUUUCAAUUCUGCUGAAGUAGGGAGUCAAGAAGAAAUGAGCAUUCCACAACUGUUGCAACAGCUAGAGAUGCAGGCACAGCACGCUGACACCCAGAAUCAUACAGACCAUCUGAGAUUUAAUCCUAAGAUACUUCCUCAGUCAGAUUUUCCAAAUGCCAGCAUUGCCAUUUACUCGGGAGACACUGGGACAUCCUCUGAAGUCUUUACAUUACAUGCUCCUAUCCCUAUACAAUGUCCAUGUGGUUUGUCUAAAGCAAGAUUACAGCAUGAAACAAUGGCAUCAGCAUUACCAGCAGCUGGUACAGUAGAAACAUGCUGUCUAAAUCCUUCUGAUUUACUACCAGAACUAACACAAGGAGAAAAGCUGUCUCAAAUACUAAAGGAUCAGACAGAUCAAUUGAUAAAGAAGGUGGAAAACUUCUCCAAGCAUAUGACACACGAGACAUUCUUUUUACAAGACAACUAUCUGGCAUUAAAUCAAUUGAAGAGAUACCUUGCUGCCUUGGAAAAGAAUUACUUAACAGCUAGAGAAGAGCACCGUAAUUUACAGCUGCAGAACUACAAGGACAUGUCUAUCAACGUUGGAGAGUUUGAUCCUGAAAGAAAGAUGGAAGGGGAAAUAUUUAGACUUGGCAUGCUGCUUGAAGACAUCCAAGAACAAACUGAUGACAGCAAAUGCAACUUGUCAUCUUUGCUUACUUCCUAUGAAUCUGCCCAAUCAUCAUAUUCUCUUUGUGAGAGCUCAGUAGGUUCAAGCAUUGCUGAUCCUCCAGAAAGAAGAGCUAUUGAAACUGCAUUUCUUCACAAGAACAAGGAGGCAGAAAAGAGUCAGACAACUGAUGUAAUCCCACCGACAAAUCAAUUUUCUUUAGAAAUCAAGAAGUGCAAUCUUUGUCUUCACAUGUUACAAGAGAGAGAUGAAUCAACUUCCAGAAGAGUAACGGAGCCUCUGGGAAAAGGAGGUCUGCUACCAAACAAGCAUGCUUCCAACCUAAUGAAAUUCCUUUUACCUGAGGAAAAAUAUGCUGCUGGUAGUCUUGCAUCCCAUUGUCAGGGUACAUUAAGUCAAAAAUUUAAUGCCGAUGAAAAAGGUAUGAAAGGAAAUGCAGACAUCCAGGGAAGGGAAACUGGAACAUGUUCACUCUUCAUUCAGAGAAAACCAACUGAUUUAUCAGAUACCAACUUGAGCAGCGAUUCAGACGACAUCUCAGCCUAUGAUUCUUACAAUGAUUCACAAAGCAAGGAACUUGUGAACUGUGAAACUGAAAGUUACAAAACAUUCAAUACAAGAUUAUGUGGAGAGGGAAAAGGACGUAGAUGCAGAUGCCCUAGAGAAAGCAGAGAUGAAUUUAAACUCAGGAAUUACAGAGAGUCUGUUCAGUCUUGUGCCCUACGUAGAAAUAAAAGUUCUGGUUCAACCUCUUAUUCAGAGAGAAGAAUCUCCACUCAAAAGGCUCAAAAAAAUAAACAGCCACGUGAACUUGUAAACAGACUUUCUGAGAGGCAAAACUUUGAGGCUGCCAAAACCUGCUAUUCAAGCACAUAUGACAAAGUUAUCCUUUCACAUCAAGACUUACCUGGCAAGAAGUCUGCCCAAAGCAAGUCUGCAAUCAACAUCAGAAACACCAAUGAUUCCAAUGCAAAUAUUUUAAGUUCUACUUUGGAUCAUGCCAUACAGACAGCAAACAGUUUGAAGAAAGCUACAGAACGAAUGUUACAAGCGGUUUUGGAAGAUCUAGCUCAAGUCAAAAGAAAUCAGCUUUAAUUACCCAGUUUCAAAUGCAGUAUUGUUUUGCUGAUUGAUAGUGAAGUAAGUAUCAGUAUCUCUGCAAAUAUAGAGUGUUAAAUACCAAGAUCAUAAAGUCAGCUAGUGACUUUGCCAGCUGUUCUGUAACUAUCAGUGCUAAACUAAACCAGAGCAUAUUGGUUUUCCACACAUUCACAUUCAGUCUCAGAACUAGGAAACAAAUUACUAAUUCUACUGAAGGUCUUUAGUAUGCUGGCUAACCCCUGUUACUGUAUACAGCUAUGUUCUCUAAGCAUUCACUUAAGAUAGCUUAAUAAAAGUUGGCUUAAACAAGCAAGGUUAACUUUUUGAUUUUUUAUUUCCCCCACUCCCAAACAGGAGACUAGAUCUCAGUCAUUACUACUUCCCACAUAUACUUUCUUCCCACACCUGAACAGCAGCUGCUUAAGCACACCAAAGGAAACAGCCUCUGCACCAAAGACAUCAGGUUAGCAUCAUGCUAACACACUGAGUCAUAGUUAGCAUAUGUAAUUAUUUUGUUUUUAGAGUGCCCUACAUUGCGAGUUGUUUGGUUUUAAGAUACUUCCUUGUAUGUCUCAGUAACUGAGUAAUACCAUUGGAUGUCUAUGAAGAAACAGACAAUUUAAUUCUUAGGAAAGCAAUGUGGUGUCCUUACCUUGUCAGAUAUAUCUGGCUUUUGAGAUUUUAGCUGAUGGUAAGUACACGGGAAAAUUUUAAAAUACUGUAGAAACACAGUGGGCUAAGAAAAGCCAUCUAUUAUUUUCCUUCUGAAAUCCAUUUAACUGCAGUGAUUAAAAGCAAGCAGAUAGUUAACAGCGUUGUAUUAUCAGGGAUGCUAUUCCCUGAGGUAAUUCCAAAGUAUAUAGGGACUGAUGGAAAUCAUCACUUCAAGUUAGAAGCAACAGUGCAUUGCUUAAAAAGGACAGUCAUUUUCAGGCAAACCUGAGUGGUGUCAUCAGUUGAUGGAUAGAGAUAAUCCGGACUGUUCAUGCAAGCAGCGAUAGUUAAAUGUGCUGCUGCAUACCACUGAUUUACUAACCUGAGUCAAUGCCUUUUUUCAGGGCUUCUUCCACACUUCACAGCCAACAAUACCAUUAACCUUUUCUCCCUUAGGCUCUUACUGUAUAUCCUUGUAACUCAAUUUGCCUCUGCUUGUUAUCCAUGUUUUUACUUUACUUAGUUU